UUGUAAUAAUCCUCAAACCCCGCACGUUUGCAGCUCAUCUUGGAACCGUCCAGCACUUUGCAGUUACGAUUGCGCGCGGUACAAUAUGGAUUCAUCACCAAAGCAUCCGGCGUCUUACAUCGAGGACCUCCCUGGAAGGGUUAGAAGGCCGAGCCUUGCCACCGACGAGAUUAUGCUUCUGUCCCUUUACAAAUCUCGCCAAGCGCCCAGAUCUCAAUGUCCAGUUCUUUCCGGAGAUAUAACAGAGCCGAGAAAAGCUGGCAGGCAGUUUCCUGGCCUUCCUUCUAUUAAGCGCAAGUGUGACAACUUCUGGAAAGCUUGGGAUGUAUACAGACACAAGCCCUGGAACAUGUGCCUUUUGGCUGUUAUUGGCACCUUGUUUGCUAUUGGUCAUCACUUAUUUUACCUGAACCUCCAUGGUAAAAAAGCUGAUAAUCAGUCACUAAUGCUCCGCUAUGGCACUGUUAUUGCAUUCUGUGCUAAAGCGAGCCUUGGAACUGCUGUUACUAUGGCAUUCUAUCAGAGAGCAUGGCUAGUAAUGCGCUACAAAAUGGCCCGACUCGAGACUAUGGACUCUAUUUUCACUGCCAACUCAGAUAUAUUCUCCCUUCUUACCUGGGGCUCGAUAAAGAAAGCUAAAAUCGGCACUCUUCUCGCCAUCUAUUGUUGGCUUACACCCUUAGUUGUUGUACUGACGUCCGAAACUCUCUCAGUUGUUGUUGGGGUCAAGGAAGAGAAUGCAUUAUGCCCAUCUGCCCGCACUUUAAACUUUGAGCACGAGGAGACAGUCUACUGGCGCGAUCCUCUGAAGAUCAAUGACCAAUACGAGCCUUCUUUGUCGUUAUGGAACUCAACCGCCUACAUUGGUGAAACCCUUAAAAACUUCACCUCCGCCGAAUUUGACUAUUAUACUGGUUCCAGCAGGUAUUUUGAGAGUUCCAUUCUCAAGAUACCUAUGGUAAUAGGCGAAGCCAUGGUUCGCAAAGAAUGGGCGUCUGAGGUUUGUGCGGAGGGAUGGAAUUGCUCCUAUGUGGUUGAUUUUGUUGCUCCUGGCUACAAGUGUGAGGAGCUAGCAUCUGGAGUUGGCUCAAAAGUUAAGAAGCUUGGAGAUGCCACAGCACCUUUCAACACUUCUGCUAUCGCACCGACAGGGAAUCUUACCUAUCUUGCUGUUACUGAUCAGGGCGACUAUGAUAUUCAGCAAAUGGAAUGUGAGCCAGGAGGAAAACCAAAAGCCAAGCCCCCAUAUCCAGACAAUUUCGGCGCCCAGGCUUUCUAUCCAUACGCGUAUGGAUUAAUUAAUCCAUAUGGAAUAAUCCAUACGCGUUAAUCCAUAUUCCAUACGGGGAUGUCGUAUUCCAUAAGUAUGGCAAUACGGCGGAAAAAAUUUGAUCCCUGUAGUAAUCCCGUUCAGGGGCGAUUUUCUAACUCUCCACUCUUUCUUUAAUUCCAACACCACUGUGUAAGGACGCUGCGUAUGUCCUCGCUGAUGACAUCCACUUCCACUGACCCUGCGGGGAUUCCAGUGUCCACAAGCGA